UUAAAAUUAUUGUUCUAGUGGGAGGUAGUCCUAAGUUUAGUUUUAUAACUGUGCCGUGUACCUACUUUUGUAUGGUCGUUCAUUCUCGAAUACAAGCCGCAAUAGUAAGACGUGUGUUUCAUUGCUCUCCAUUAGGCUCAUCCAGUGCAUAGUUAGGUUACCUAUAUUACCUACAUACUCUUCAGUGGCGACAGGAACGAUUACAAACCUACGCGUGUGUAAUAAAAAUCAUGGCGAUUGGUAAAAUAGCUGAGUUCGACUUGCACAAGGACGACUGGAAGUUAUACGUGGAACGUCUAGAACAGUAUUUUCUCGCAAAUAGCAUCGCUAGCAACUUACAAGUGCCGACAUUAAUUACUGUGAUGGGUGCUGAAAGUUAUGAAUUAUUAGUGAAUUUGUGUACGCCCGAAAAACCGAAGUCAAAGACAUUUUUAGAACUCACGGAAAUUAUGACUAAGCAUCUGCAACCCAAGCCGAGCAUUUUAGCAGAAAGAUACAAGUUCAGAAACAGAAAACAGAAGCCUGAUGAAAGUAUUGCAGAAUAUAUGGCGGUUUUGAAAAGAAUGUCGAAUGUCGUAGGUUAA